GAUAAACUUCAAGAAGAUGUAGCAGCAGGAACGUGGAAGCCAAGUGGUCGACAUGAUAUAUUGACGGAGGUUGUUGGGAAGCCUGAUUACCCUGGACGUGCACGUGGCGUCGGUGGUGGUGUGGGUUAUACACAUGUCUUUGAUCGAGAGUCGAGAAGCACACAUCGAGAUAAGGUUGGUAAUUUGAGUAAUGUUGACCUAAAGCAGUUGCAAGAGCGUUUGAUGAAAGACAUGCAACAUUACUUUGUUCCAAGAAGUGAAGUGCCUAUCGGGGAUUCAAUGCCUGCUUCCGAGGCGGCCCACGUGGAUACUAUGAACUCUGCUGCACCCCAUCUUUAAAAAAAAACAUUCAUUGAUGGUGCAUCUUGUAGGCUUGCUGUUGAGUCACACAUUUAUCCUGGUGAUAAGAGUUUGGACUUUGUGGCCAUGGCUGUAGCCUACAACACGCCUGUUGGGUCGUUAAUCCAUAAUGUACCGAUGUGUGAAAACACAAUCAAAGUGAACAUAUGUAUGGCAUAUCGAGAGUUUGAAGACUGUCCAUUGCUUUAUCCUAAUGAAGCCGCUGAUAUGAAUGUUGUAGCAGACGCUGUAGGUUCAUAUGUUCAAUGGCCAUCUCAUUUGGUUUUUUUUGAGGGAGAGGAACCACCGUCUAAGUCAAAAAAGAAGGAUGGAGCUAAGAAAAAAGUACCCUUUAUCGUGAGAGAUUCACCAAAAGUAACGGUUGAACCCAGCUCACAUUCAUUGGUCAGUGAAACUGUUCUUCAUUCACUUACAGAUGAUCUUUUAAGAUUGCAUGAAAAUCUUGAGUGGUAUGAGCCCGAUCUUUGUAAGUUUUCUAUUCCUCUUCAUGCGGAGUUGUUCUGUUAUAUUGAUGAUAACCAAUUUGGGACCGUUGUUGACCGUGAAGACUUGAGUCAAUUUCUUGAGAGUGAUUUUGUUGAUCUUUCAAUUAUUCAGACCUUUAUGCUUUGUGUAAAUGCAAAACUGAUUGAGUUUGGUCGUGAUGAUGUGGGUCUUUUGUGUCCUUGGAUUUGUUCUUUUAAGUAUUAUCAAUUGGAUAAAAAGGGCACACUGACUUACAUGAAGCAUGCUCUGACUGAAAUGUUUGAAAAGAAUAUCAUUCUCUUGGCAUAUAAUGAAGGGUAUCAUUGGGUUUUGUUUGUAAUUUGUCCAAAGGUUGAUAAGGGCUACAUUUUCAAUUCAUUGCCAAGUUAUUCCAAUAUUGCUAUUCAAAAAGAUCUUAUGAUGAUGUAUAGAGUUGCGUCUACACAAAAGGGUCGUGGCAAGCCGAUCAAAUGGCAUAAUAUGAAGUGUGCAAGACAAACGGGCAACACAGAAUGUGGAUAUUAUGUGAUGAAGUUUAUUUGGGAAAUAAUAACUUCUGUUGGAAGUUCAGAUAUUGCACAGGUUUGGAAUUCAAGAACUGAGCCAUAUACAACGGAGGAGUUUGAUGACAUUAGAAAAGUAUGGGCUAGGUUUUUUGUAAAUGAAGUGUUAUGACAUUAGAACUGAGUCAAACUUGAAUGUAGUUUUAUUAUAUUGUGAUACAAAUUUGUACCUUUUGAAUUGUAUUUGUGCGAAACGAUUUUAUCGUUAUUCUGGUUUUAUG